GCAUUUCAGAUCGAUUAUCAGUUACGGCUUUUCAGAUUUAGCUCAUUGAUGAAGAAAGCUAAGAGAAUAUUUAUCAGCACCACAGUCGCAUCAUCCUACACUUUAUUGCAGACGUGAUUACUUGGUUUUCUUCAAUUGUCGCCUCAUUGGCUCUAUUUCACAAUACCAAAUUGACUGUGCCUCAAGCUACAAUAUACUUGAAUCCAAGGCAUUUGGCAUUGAGAACAAAGGGCAGCGAAUGUCAGUCCUUUGCUCCACCCACUGCUUCACAACGCCUCCAGCCAUUCCAGUUUUUGUUUAUUGUUCCAACUUGCUACUAUAUAAGAAGCCUCAGCCCCAAGAAUGGUCGAAGAACAAGAGCCCAUAUGUGUCGCUUCUUCCCUUUCUAGUGGCGGCGAGCAUAGUUCAGGGUUUGGCAGCCGUUCUCUGGAAUCUCAAGGCUCCACUUCCUUACAGCCAAAGGAGGACCCCGAUCUCAGCCAAAACCCUAAUACACAAUAUUUCAAGGGCGCAGAAUGGUCGGCGGAUGGAACCACUUUAUUGACGGAUUCCUCCGAUCAUCAUAUCAGAACUUGGAUCUUACCACCCGAUCUGCUAGAGAAAACGACCUACCCCAGCGGCAUAUCGCCAUACUCAGUCUUGCCGUCAGCAGAACCGACAUAUGCGACUGCCAUGUACCCUUUCUUCUCUCUUCAAGACCCGUCGACUACAUUAUUUCUCUCAUCUGUUCGAGACCAUCCAAUCAGGUUGACAUCUGCUCUUGCUCCAACCUCAGUGGCGACUUAUUCUUUGGUAAACCCAAUGACAGAAGCCUUUAUAACGCCCCAUUCAAUCAUUUAUCCAUCUGCGUUGGGAGGGAGCCAAUUUCUCACUGGCUCUGACAGCCUAAUUUGCCUCUUCGAUGUCUCUCGACCCGGCAACGAUGGCCCUGUUACUUCCAUGCCCACAAUACCAAGCAAACGAAAGCAGCUGGUGGGUGGGGGCGUGGGAAUGAAAGGAAUCAUCUCUGCCAUGGCCUUGGAUCCCACCGGGGCUGGUAUUUUAGCGGCUGGAACCUUUACCAGACAUGUUGGGCUUUAUGGCGCAAAUGGAACAGGGGAGUCCUUGGGGACAUUCAGCAUAUCAAAAACAGAAGCGCACCGUCAUAUUGGCGGCCGUGGAAUCACGCAACUGCUGUGGAGCCCCUGCGGAAGGUACCUCUACGUUGCUGAACGGAAAAGUGAUGGUGUCUUGGUAUAUGAUAUCCGAGUCACAGGACAAUUGCUUGGAUGGCUGCAAGGUCGCAAGGCUUUCACAAAUCAACGGCUGAAAAUCGAUAUGGUUCCCAGUGGAGAUAACGGCUCUCAUGAGAUCUGGGCUGGCGGUACCGAUGGAUGCAUGAGGGUGUGGCAGAACCCUACACAUGUUAGUGGUGCUCAGGAUCCCAAGUGGGAAUGGAAGGUUCAUAACGAUACUGUGAGUAGUACUGUACUGCAUCCAAUGGGCAAUAUAGUAGCUACAACCUCAGGUCAACGGCACUUCGAGAAAGACAUCGACAAUACCAGCCCACCACCAGUACCUAAUAUUGACAACAGCUUGAAGGUGUGGUAUAUGCCAUUCCUAAACGCGAACAGCAAUGACGACUGAAAAGGGCUUGUCGGAGGUCAUGCAGUGGUUCAUGUUGUCUCUG